AUGAUCAUAAUAUGCACAGUAAUGCUAAACUAUACAACUGCGCCGUCCUUGAAGAACAAGUCUAUCUCCAGGGAAUUGUAUAUAACGAACUGGAACGGGUACAAGCUGCCCCAUCCAAUAUCAGUGAGCGAGAUGAAGAAGAUCCUAAAUAAAAUAUCACUAUACAGGACAUUACAGUACUGUCCGUUUGCCAAUAACGAAACCUGUCUGCAAGUACAUUAUAAAAGUGUCGUUGCCAAAAUAAUUGAAGAUGUUGUUGGCUUAAACAAACGUAUAGAAAGGAGAGCAAACCAAACGAUCACAAAUCGAACGUCAGCAAAUAAAAAGUUCAAAGACUCGGAAAAGAAGUUAUCUUCCAAGAAGAAACGGUUUCAUAAAGUGUCAGGCUAA